AUGAUCUCAGUGCCGAAGACUAAAUCCCUCGUCAUCGCAAAGGAACCCAUCAGGUGUAAGCUGACCAUAAACGAUGAAAUCAUAGAGCAGGUCAUGUCGUUCAAAUAUCUGGGAGUAGAAAUAUCCUCUAAUCAGGACAGAAAGAAGGAGGUCCAGGGCCAGAUCGACAAGGCGGCAAGAAUAUCUGGGUACCUAAAAGAAAUCAUUUGGCGGAACAAACACAUGAAGAGGGAAGCCAAAGUAAAGAUCUAUAAAACCUGCGUCCGACCAAUUAUGACGUAUGCUGCGGAGACCAGAGCAGACAUCAGAAAAACCAAAAGCAUGGUCCGCACGACAGAGAUGCGGACUCUCCGAGCCAUCGCAGGGUACACACUCAGGGACAGAGUACCCAACGUGACGAUCAGGGAAACCUGCGGCGUCCAAGACAUUAUCCGAUGGGCAAGGCAGAGGAGACGAGGAUGGAAUGAACAUGUAUCCAGGAUAGGGGAGGAAAGGAUGGCGAGAAUAGCGAGAGAUGGGAAACCGAGCUCCAGAAAACCUCUAGGAAGGCCCCCAAAAAGAUGGAUGGACAGUUGGACAUCUAGGUCACAGGAGGCGAAAUGA